AUGCUCCUAACAGCCAAAAUCCAACCAAACUUUUAGGCACUUUAUUUAACCAUCAACCUUUUUUUCCCAGCAAUACUCAUUACAUUACUAACAUCCCACUUUUGUUCCUCCUCCAUUACACUUCACUUUCUUCUUCUUCAUUCCCACAAACAUCACCACCAAAACUUCUCACUCACCCUCCUUAAAGAAAUGUCCCACCACCAUCUUCCACCAUUCCCCAUUUUCCUCACUCUCAUUUUCUCUCUCCUGCCCCAACUGCCCGCCCUACCCGUCCUACCCAACCCUGACCCUGCUUCCAUCCAACAACAACAAAAAACCUUCCUCCCUAACCCUUCUCCUUCGGAAACUAUCCCUUCCUUCCCCGAACAAUCUGCCGUUGCCGGUUGUCCGCUAUCACUCAACGAUGAGAUCUUUCCGGCCGUUAAGGCCUCAUGUAAUAGCGGGCAUUUGCGGCGGGGAAAAUGCUGCCCCGUCCUCGCCGCCUGGCUUUACUCCGCUUACACCAAUACAACUCUUGGAAAAGGAGCGGGGAAUGGCGAGGCGACAUCGACAUACGAUUUGCCAAUGCUACCUGAUGACUCGGAAACUUGUGUUGAUGGACUUGAGAAAGUGAUGAAAGAUAAAGGGGUGAAUUUGGUUAAGAUUAAUGAGACUUGUGAUGUUGUAUAUUGUUAUUGUGGAAUUAGACUUCAUCAAUUGAGCUGUCCUCAAGCUUUUCACGUUUCUGAAGACGGGAUAUUAGCUGGUGAUAAAAGAGUAAUGAAAUUGGAGAAGGAUUGUUUGAGCUCUCAUAAGUCUAAGGAUAAUGACCAUUCUACCCUUGCUACCUGUUCUAAGUGCUUGCAUUCGUUGUACUCGCUUAAAAAAGGCAACAACGCAAGUGGAAAUGGAACAAAACUAGACAUAAGGACAAAUAAGAUGCGCAGCCGAGACUGCGAACUAAUGGGGUUGACAUGGCUUCUCCACAAAGACAGAGACACAUACAUGUCUGCGGUUACUUCAGUCAUGCGAGCCCUAAUGCUGAAUGUCGAAGGUGCUGAUCCGCAAUCGUGUAGCAUUAGCAGCAAUGGUUUGCCCCUCGCUGUUGAUUCUGCCGAAAUUGAUGGCCAGUCUUCAUCUGUUUCCCUUCAAUUCCCCCUCCAUCUCUGCUUAUUCAUGUUCUUCUUGCUAAUCAUGAGCUCGAGUGUAAUAUCAUAUUUCUAGCUAUUUUCUCUUUAAUCCCAAUUUUUUGUUCGUUAUUGGUUGUUGUUAGUGUUCACAACUUUGUUUUAGUGAAAUGUAAUAUUAUCUUAGGCUUAA